CCGAUAUGAUCCUCGAUAUCCUUACGAUCGAUUUAUCGACUUUGAAAUAGUUUAAUAGUAUACACAAUACAUUUAUAACUAUUGACAACAUAGUGGCCUAUGAUCUACUGUUAGUGUUUAAACACUGGAUGAAACGUGUUACAUGUAUUUGCAUACUGGAUAGUUCAUGUAUAGAGUGCACUGCGUGUAAUAGUUACUCGGUUGAAACUUUUGGUUUGAUAUUAUAUAAGGAAUACUCCUCAGGUUUUCAUUGGUUCCAUACAUAUGAAAUUCGUUGGAAAUAGCAAAAUGUGGAUUUGUGUCUCUAGACAGAUCAUGCAGACAAAGCAUGGACAUCGUGAUUAAUCGAUCGCUGUCCUUCAUGACUAGGAACAACACCAUGUUUGACCCUCAUACAAAACCUCACUAUGACGUCACAUCCGGACAAAUUACUUUUUUCGUUUGGUGGGUCGCGUUUGCUGUUGUUUAUCUAUUGAGAAAAUUGGAUAUUUCUCCCAAAAUUAUAUCUCAAUUUACCGAAAAACAUAUAAAAAGUGACGAGGAUGCGUUGACAGAAGUAAAAUCCGGAAUUGAGAAAAUAGUUCAGAUUUCGGAUAGAACGGAGUCGGAUAUCGGACAUGAAAAUAAACAUGGGGAAACACAGACGAACAAACCCCCUGAGAAGACUUUCUCUAAGGUUAUACCGCCGCCAUCUUUGGACGAAGUCUUGCAAAAUGUACUCAUCUUCGGAGGCAUUCUAAUCUACUUCUUUCUUUGCGACUAUCGGAAGAUAUUUCCUAUGCUCGAGCGAGUAUACGACAGAGAUGAGUUUUUGUUUCUCGUCUUUGUGCUGUUCCUGGUAGCAUGUGCGUUCACACUUCGCCCCACCUCGGAGAAAAUACUCAACAGAGCCCAGACGGAGGAAUGGAAGGGCUGGAUGCAGGUAAUGUUCGUCUGGUAUCACGUGUUCGCGGCCAAGGAGUGGUACAACUGGAUCCGCGUCUAUAUCGCCGCCUACGUUUGGAUGACCGGAUUCGGUAACUUUUCAUUCUUCUGGGUGAGGAAGGAUUUCUCCUUGUACCGCUUCCUGAAAAUGCAGUUCCGACUGAACUUCCUGGUCACGUGUGUAUGCGUUGUCACUGGCAACGAAUACAUGCUGUACUACAUAUGCGCCAUGCAUUCCUAUUGGUUCAUUUCCGUGUAUCUAUUUAUGGGCGUCCUCCGUUCCUGGAACACUGAUAGCAAGAAAAUGGCGGUCAAAUUUCUGGCUUAUUUCAUUUUUAACUUCGUGAUAUUCGAUAUUAGCGUUGUGGCGGACACUAUCUUCAAACCAUUUUCAUUUUUGCUAGGAUAUACGGAUCCAAAUUUUGGGGUCAUUCACGAAUGGACAUUCAGAGCUGGCCUUGAUCAUUGGGCUUGCUUCUUUGGAAUGCUGUGCGCGUACAACUAUCCGCAUUUUGAAAAAUUUCUGACAGAUCUGGAGAAAAGCGAAAACUACCGGAAAGCAAUUUUGACCAAAGUAGUUUUAAUUGCAGGAAGUAUUAUUGCGUUGGUUGUGUGGUACGUGCUUGUCAUGGGCAAAGAAAAACACGCAUAUAAUGCAUUGCAUCCCUAUACAUCAAUGAUUCCCAUUGCAUCGUUUAUAAUUCUGAGAAAUUCAUUCCCUAUUCUGAGGAAGUACUACAUACAUUUGUUUGCAUUCCUUGGGAAAAUUACAUUGGAGACGUACCUCUCUCAACUUCACAUAUACUUGCAAUCUAACGCCAAACAUUUAAUUGGUUACCUCCCAAAUCACCAUUUCUUGAAUUUCGCAUUUGCGACGAUUAUUUAUCUUUUGAUAUCGCACAAGCUUUUUGAUAUAACUACAAUACUUAGUGCAUUUUUGAUUCCAAACGACACGAAACGGGCGGCAAAACACGCGGUUGUUAUCUUUCUAGCGUUUGUUGUGACCUACGCAUGCGCAGUUGCAGCAGGGUUCUAAGUUUAAACCGGAGAGUAAUUUCAUUUAUAUUAUUUCAUAAAGGGUUUAAUUAAAUGCAUGUUUGUCUGUUCAUCUCCGAUUGUAACAGCUGCAUGUAAUGUUAAUAUAUUGGCGGGUAUAAUUUUCAUACAUAUGCAUUCUUACUCAUUGUUAAUUCAUUAAUUUGUUAAUUAAUUUAGAAAAGCGUUUGUUUUCUUAGACAAUUUAUAAGCAUAACAAAAUUCAUUUAAAUCGAAAUGCCUGUUAUGAAUGAAUGUGCUAUAUGUUAUAUAUUUUUCUUUCUGAAUUGUUUAAACUUUAAAUUUGCUUACUCUCCAAUGAAUGCAUACUUAUAUCUAAAGGGUUAGGUUAUUCUGCACG